UGGUCUGUCCAAGGACUCGAACUCCCCGUCCUGAGACCAGUGGUGGUUCGGUGGCAGACGGGACUCCUGCUGCCGGUCCAACCUGGAUCGCGCUUGUGCUAGGUGCUGCGCCUCAUCAGCACCGUCCCUUUCCAUAUCCUCCGCUGUCCUUUCGAAAAUCCUUCUCAAUCGACUCAGACCACACCAGCGGGGUGUUGUCCUACUACACAAGCGAGCAGCGGUCUCACCACACAGACUACGAGCAGAGUCGCCGAGAGAUGAACAACACAACGGACGCCGAGCCGCUGGGCGCCGGCGGCAUCGCCUGGUCCACCUCCAAGGUGAUGCUGUUCGUCUUCCAGCUGCUCAUCAUGUUGGAGACCAUCUUCGGCAACCUGCUGGUGGUGAUGUCGGUCAAGGUGGAGAAGAAGCUGCAGACGCCCUUCAACUACUACAUCGUCAACCUGGCCAUCACCGACAUGAACGUGGGCAUGUCGGUGAUGUCACUGUUCGCCAUCUACAACCUGUUCGGCUACUUCCCGUUCAACAACUUCAUCUGCGGCUACUGGGUGUGGAGCGACUACACCAUGACCUUCGAGUCGGUGUUCACCCUGAUGACUAUUAGUAUCGAUCGCUUCUGGUCGGUGACGUGGUCCACCCACUACCGAAACACGUACAGCCCGAAAAAGUGUCUGGCGCUGCUGUGCGUCACCUGGUGUGUGGUGAAUGCCAUCUGGCUGCCGGCCUUCAUCUACGACCGAGUGGCCAACGACUACGCUCCAGGGGACUGCUACUGGGACCCGCUGAGGAACCGAUAUCUGGUGAUCUAUGUCGGCUUCCUCGGAUACUACAUGCCGUUUCUGACGAUGAUUGGAGCAUACAGUCGCAUUCUGUACGUGAUGAGAAAACGAGCACGGAAAAUCCGAGACAGCAAAAAGGUGCAAGUCGCAACGGUGGAUGGCGAGGUUGACGAGAAGAAGGCAGUGGUAGUGGCGGACGACAAGGAGGAGCAGCGGAGGAAACGCGAGCAGAAGGCCGUCAUGACCCUGCUCUCUAUUAUUGGCGUGUUCGCCGUCUGCUGGGUGCCCUUCUACCUACUGUUUGUGAUCAGCGCUUGGUACCCGGACUUCUUCCCGGGCUGGUUCGUCGAGUUCUCCUACUGGAUGGCCUACAUCAACUCGGCCGUCAACCCCAUCCUCUACGGCAUCAGUAGCGCUGAGUUCCGGGCGGCCUACAUCAAAAUAUUCUACAUCAUCACCUGUCGCGAACCGCCCUCUAGCUGAGCUGAUAAAGCUGAGAGCUAACUUUUGCUAUACGGGAAACAUAUCGGAGCUAAUCUGAGGUCGGCCGAGGGUAAAAAUGUAAAAUGUCCGAUGGGAUGAAAAUCAGAGUCAUGAAACCACUGCAGCCAUUGCUUGUAGAACUAAGCAAUACAAACCAAUAGCUGAUCUGAACUCAGGUGAUAUUGCUGCAUUGCGAGCGAAUGCAAGCUAAUUGAUGGGCUUUGAAGCAAGUUGACUAUUGAAGGAGCUCACUCAGGCUUAACAGGGAGCUGCGGUUAGCCGAACAAUCUAGAAAGCAUGACUGAAAGCUUCAUAUAGACUAAGACUGCUUAGUGUUUAUAGAGACAGAGCUCACUUAUAUGGAAGAUGCCAUAGCGCUCGAGGAUUAUUUUAGACUACAUUCAAAAAACAAUAAUUUAUAGCAUGCCUAUGAUCCGCUUUGGAGUGCAAUGCUUAAAAUAUCAGGACAAAUUAAUUAAACU